AUGAUUGACUUCUCAAGGCUGCGCCAUAAGAGCAAAGGGGUCCGGGACAGCCUGUUGGCCAAGAUGGGGAGGGGGACGCCAAUGGAGGCGAAAAAUUCGAGCUUGGGCAAAAGGGUUUGGUCUGGGCAGGCAGAGAGAACGUUCGGAAACCGGGUGACCAUUACAGAGAUGUCGGCGGCCGUGAAUCCGUACUCUCUGAGGAGAUUCAAGACCGCAUCUGGUUUUUCAGGCGAUUUCAGCUGGAGUUUACUGGAGGCGCGGACGGCGGCGUCUGGGGCCAACCCGCAUGAGCUGACGAGGUAG